GCGGCUGGAGUUUCCCCCGGGCUGUUAGAGAGAGAGGCACGAGUGUCAUCAUGUUAGCCGCUCGUGAGCUAAAUGAGAUUAAUAACAGAGAUUAAUUAACUGUAUUAAUCUGUGGAUUCGAUAAUCUGAUCAUUAAUAUCAGCGGUUCGGUGAUUAAACUGAUCCCCGCUUUUCUCCCGCCGCUGUUUCACAUCAGUAUCGGAUCAGACUGAGGGUUAAAGAGAGAGUUAGCCGGUUAGCUUCUGCUGCUAACAGCGGAGCUGCGCUCAGACGCACGGAGUUAUAAUAAAUAUUAAAUAAUAAAUAUUAAACUGACGGAUUAAUACCGCGGAUCUCAUCUGUACAGGUGAAUAAAGAUUAGAAAUUGCAUAUUUAUAUAAAAUAAAUGAAGAUGGAGCUGCAGGCGGUGCUGAUGGCUGCUGGUGGAGGAUCCAGGAUGAUGGAUCUCACCUACAACACCCCCAAACCUUUACUGCCGGUCGGGAACCGGCCGCUGAUCUGGUACCCUCUCAACCUGCUGGAGAGAGCCGGCUUCGAAGAGGUUAUAGUGAUCACCACUAAAGAAGUGCAGAAGGCUCUGAGCACGGACCAGCGGCUGAAGCUGGAUGUGAAGAUGAAGCUGAAUGUUGAGUGUAUCCAGGAGGACGCUGAUAUGGGCACCGCUGAUGCUCUGAGACACAUCCAGCAGAAGUUGAAGACAGAUAUCCUGGUGGUGAGCUGUGACCUGAUCACGGACGUGGCGUUGCAUGAGGUGGUGGAUCUGUUCCGUGCUCACAACGCCACGCUCUCCAUGCUGAUGAGCAAAGUGCACGAGUUCACGGAGACGGUGCCGGGCCAGAAGGGGAAGAAGAAAGCAGGUGAGCAGAGGGAUUUUGUGGGCGUGGACAGUGCGGGGAAGCGGCUGCUCUUCAUGGCGAAUGAAGCUGAUCUGGAUGAGGGACUCAUCAUUAAGAAAUCAGUGAUGCGGAAACAUCCCAGGAUGCACAUCAGAACAGGACUGCUGGAUGCUCACCUGUACUGCCUGAAGAGAUCUGUGGUUGACUUUUUAGUGGAGAAUAAGUCUAUCUCGUCUCUGAGAGGAGAGCUGGUGCCGUUUUUGGUGCGAAAGCAGUUCAGUAAGACCUCGAUCUCCCGGCGGGAGGAAGAUCACUCCGAUCAGAGUCAGAAGAGAAAAGACGCGACUGCGGCUCUGGAGAUCCUGUGCUGCACUAAAGAUGAGGCUCUGCUGCAGUUGGCGAGCGAGCGGUCCUGCUGGAACGAUCACAGCGGGGAUAUGAGCGAGGCGUACCACGGCGGCCGGCUGCGCUGCUACGCUCACAUCAUGCAGGAGGGAACGUGUUACCGAGUCAAUACCCUCACCUCGUACGUGGAAGCCAAUCGCGUGGCUCCCAAACUAUUUGAAGAAGCUGCAGUUCAUCCGUCAGCCGUGAUCUCAGAGCGCAGUCAGGUUGGAGGUGACAGCAUUAUUGGAGCUUCCUGCCACAUAGCAGACAAAACAUCCAUCAAACGCUCCACCAUCGGAGCUUCCACCAUCGUGAAGGAGAAAGUAAAAAUCACCAACUCCAUCAUCAUGAACAGCGUCACUAUAGAAGAGGGGUGUAAUAUUCAGGGCAGCGUCAUCUGUAACAACGCUGUGAUUGGACGAGGCGCUGACAUCAAAUACUGCCUGGUGGGAAGCGGCCAGCGCAUCGAGGCAGAGGCUGAAAGAACCAAUGACGUGAUCGUUGGGUCGGAUCAGCUGAUGGAGAUCUAGAACCUGUGGGUGGAGAACCUGAUGGAACCGGUGGAUCUGAUAGAAGCACCACCAGAAGAGAAGAAGAUCUUGGUUCUUCUCCCUGAACCUGCCGGUUUUUACUGAAUGUGUCCAAAUAAAUCUGAAUUUAUUUACCUCA